AUGCGAUCCAAGUAUCUUACAAAAGAGGACCAAAAGCUCAUCGAAUUCUUCAAAGAGUGCCUCAUUUACGAAGAAUCCGUCAGAAGUAUCGUGACGAGCUACAAGGAAGACAUCAGCACCCUCGUGGAAUGGACGCCCGCAACCUAUCCACCGUACGACUUUGUCUUACACCCCUGGACCGGUGUUCCGCCCAAGAUAAUCGCGCUCUUUGGAAAGGCCAUGUCCUUGUGUCGCAGGUCUCGCGAUACGUGGCGAGGCAGCAUCGCACCCACCUAUGAGGUGAUGUGGCAGGCGAUGCUAGAUAUCAACGAAGCUCAGGCCCUCGAGGAGACACUCUUAUCGGUCGAGGUACCAGCUCUUAUCGAGAAUGGAAGCGAAAGUCACAACGGAGAUGGUCUGGACAUGGACUUGCACCGCGCUGCCGAGGUGUUUCGUCUAUCUUCGCUUCUUCAGCUCUACCAGACAUUUCCUGAUCUCGUCUCCAGGCGCCUACCGGAUAGGAUAGAUUCAGGGAGCGUUACCAAAACAACAUGGCCGACAUCGCUCGCUCUAUACAUAACCGGGAUACUCUCAGAGAUCCCAGCAGAGUCAAUCCGAUGUCUUCAGCCCCUACUAUGCCUAGGCGUGGGCUCUGGUCUCCGGUGUAUAACAGUAUCCACAGAGGAAGCACCCCCGAAGCUGGAGCUGUCAGAUACAAGCUGGUCAGACAUGUCUUACCCAGUGAUCGGAGACUCCAAGUCUCCAAAGCAGAGGCAUUUCUCGGACGUGGGCCUAGCUCGCGAGUUCAUCAUGGACAGGUUGAGGGGUUUUGGUCAAGGUCCAGCUGUAGGCCCUAUUGUCAUACUUCGGGAACUUUUACAGGCUGUCUGGUCAUGGUACGACAGUGAGGCGGUGCCGGGAUCGGUGCACUGGCUCGACGUCAUGGCUGAUCUCAAGUAUGAGACUGUCUUUGGUUGA